CGAGGAGUGUGGCGGAGUGCCUGGCGGAGCCGUGGAGCGCAGCGGAGAGCCCGAAAGCCCCCGGCCAGUGACGCGUGAGGUGGGGCAGCCCGGUGCUACCACCACCAGGCGCCGCAAAACAGAAGCCGACAGGAUGCAUCUACACAACAUGUCAGUUCUUCAGUGUACUCUGUACGGCUUUGCGAUUCUGUUCCUAGGAGGAUGGCUGCUCUCAUGGACUAUCCAUCUACUCGCCAUCGUCAACGGAAAAUUGAAGCUACAUCGGAAGAAAAGCGUCACGUCAUUAGAAGUGCCGCUUCAGGGCGUCUCGAUACUGAAACCGCUCACCGGGGUAGACAGUAACUUGUACAGCAACCUGGAAUCGUUUUUCACUAUGAAUUAUCCAACGUACGAAUUGUUGUUCUGCGUCCAAGAAGAGAAUGAUCCCAGUAUAUCUCAAGUCCAGGCCCUCAUGAAGAAGCAUCCUAACGUGGCUGCUCGGAUAUUCAUCGGCGGCUCGAACAUCGGUCCGAAUCCGAAAAUAAAUAACAUGGAGCCUGGGUACAGAGGAGCCAAAUAUCCUUUGGUUAUGGUUUCGGAUGCUGGCAUCCGGAUGAAAGAGGAUACACUAUUGGAUAUGGUUCUGUGCAUGACUCCGGAUGUCGGUCUGGUCCACCAAAUGCCAUUCACGUGUGACCGAACUGGUUUCGCAGCAAUACUGGAAAAGGUGUUCUUCGGCACGGCGCAUGCGAGGAUAUAUCUUUGCUGUGACCUGCUCGGAAUCAACUGCGCCACAGGAAUGUCAGCCUUGAUGAGGAAGGACGUACUGGACAAGGCUGGAGGGCUGCGAGCUUUUGCGAAAUAUCUCGCAGAAGACUAUUUUUUCGCGAAAGCAAUCGCAGAUCGCGGUCUGAAAAUAAGCGUGUCAUCGCAGCCCGCUUGGCAGAACAGCGGUACAUGCGAUGUGGUGCUUUUCCAACAGAGAUUGACGCGUUGGACGAAACUGCGGUAUGCAAUGCUGCCAGCGCUCAUCGUCCUGGAGCCACUAUCCGAAUGCAUGCUGUUGGGCUUGUGCGUGGCCUGGUCUACGAGUCUUCUCUUCGGCUGGGAUGUCUGCGCGGUCUACUUGAUACAUUCGCUCAUCUGGUUUUUGUUAGACUGGUUGCUACUCUCUAUAGUUCAGAACGGCAUGUUACCCUUCACGAAGUGGGAAUUUGUAAUCGCUUGGGCCUUCAGAGAAUUCGGUGCACUGUACCUCUUCUGUCAAGCUCUCUGGGACCCAACCAUCCGGUGGAGAGCUGGAACAUAUCGACUUUCAUGGGGCGGAGAGGUUCAGGAGAUUCUGAGCUUCCAACGGCCGCAUAAGAACCCUACGGUCAAAACAGUCCUACCGAAAAGCUGUGGCAUUGCAGAACGGAAAGAAGACGUCAUCAUUUCGUCUCUAGAAAACGAGGCGCUCGAUCUCAAUUGCAAUGGAAGGUGA